GACUAGUAACCGUUUUAGGAACAGUUCCAGUUUAUCUCGGCACGUGAUGGGUCACACUAGCGAAAAACCUUUCAAGUGUGAAGAGUGCACAAAAUGCUUCAAAGUGAGAUGCGACUUGAAACAACAUGGAUCGAUUCACACUGCAGAGAAGCGAUUCAAAUGCGAGAUCUGUGAUAAAUCGUUUACACGCUGUGCCACGUUGAACGCCCACGUCACGGUUCAUGCCAAACGUCCUUUCUUCAUACUGGAGAUGCGCACCAGAUAAAGACCAUUCCAGGUUGACUUUAAAAACAAGAUCUUUUUUAGAAAUAAUGCAUUUCUCUCUUUACGAGGAAAGGCGAAUGAUCACUCCAGCUUUCCUCCACACUCGUCUGGAAAAUUUUAGAAGAAAGACAGAUUGAUUGUCUUACAUUUUAUUGGAUGCUUCUUGUGAUUGUUCUCCUAGCACCAUUUCAGGAGAGCGAUCUACAGCUCGCCUUAAUUUUGUUCAUGGCAAGACUGCAUUUCAAUAAAAAAUUACACUGCUCAUUUUACAUUUUACUACAAAUUACACUAUUCGAAACUUUUAUUGAAGACUUCUAUCUAAAAAGCAAUAUGUCGUCUAAAGAUAAUGGACGUUUUGAAUGUGAAGUAUGCUGUUCAAAACUGUGACUGAAGAAUUUUCUGUCUGAAAAGCAAUAUGUCAUCCAAAGAUGAUAAAUGUGUUGAAUGCGAAAUAUAGUGUUUAAAACUUCGACGACUUCUCUCUGGAAACCAAUAUGUCGUCUAAAGAUGACGGACGUUUUGCACGUGGAGUAUACUGUUCCAAACGUUGAAUGUACACUUCUCUCUGAAAAGCAAUAUGUCGUCCAAAGGUGAUAUACGUGUUGAACGUGAAGUAUACUGUUCAAAACUUUGACGACUUCUCUCUGAAAAGCAAUAUGUCGUCCAAAGGUGAUAUACGUGUUGAAUGUGAAGUAUACUGUUCCAAACUUUAAAGACUUCUUUCUGAAAGGCAACAUGUCAUCUAAAGAUGACGGACGUGUUGAAUGUGAAUUCUACUCAGAAUAUUGUGAGGACAAUUCUGAUCUGGAAGUUCAUAUGCAGAUACAUUCUGGCGAGAAACCCUUCAAAUGCGGAGUGUGUUUUACGUCUUUCUCGUCCAAGAUUAACAUAAAGAGGCACAUGCUGAGCCACUCAGAUUGGAGAUACUUUAAGUGUGGGGUGUGCAUGAAAUCAUUCCCGUUCAGGAGUUAUCUGAAAAGACACAUGUUGACGCAUACCGAAGUUAAGCCUUUCGGAUGCGAUAUCUGCACAAAACGAUUCUUGGAGCGGUCCAAACUGAAACAGCAUCUCUUGGUUCACACUGGAGAAAAACCUUUCAAAUGUGAAUUGUGCACAAAAUGCUUCUCGCAGAAUUCCAAGUUGAAACAGCAUACGUUGAUUCACAAUGGAAUCAAGCCUUUUAAAUGUGAGGUGUGCACAAAAUGUUUCGUAGAACCUUGCAAACUGAAACUGCAUAUGCUGAUUCACAGUGGAGUGAAGCCUUACAAAUGCGAAGACUGCUCAAAAUGCUUCUCGCAGAGUUCCAAACUGAAGCAGCAUAUGUGGUGUCACAUUGGAUUGAAGCCUUUUAUAUGCGAGGUGUGUGCAAAAUCCUUUUCACAAUAUUCGAAGUUAAAACAGCAUAUGCAGGUGCAUUCGGAUGACAAGCCUUUUAAAUGCGAGGUGUGUGCAAAGUGUUUCGCACGGAAGUCCAAUUUGAACCAUCAUCUUUUGAUUCACUCCACCGAUACCCGCUUCGAAUGUGAGACAUGUGCAAAAACGUUCACACAGCGGUCGUACUUGAGAAAACAUGUGCUACUCCACAAUGACGUCCAGCCUUUCAAAUGUGAAAUAUGCACUAAAGGAUUCCCUUCGCGUACAGACUACAAGAGACACAUGUUGACUCACACUGGAUUUAAACCUUUUAAGUGUGAACUGUGCACAAAAUGCUUCUCGGAGAGUUCCAAACUGAAGCGACAUCUGUUGAUUCACGCUGGAGUGAAACCUUUCAGAUGUGAGGUGUGCGAGAAACAGUUCCCUUCAACCACGGACUACAACAGACAUAUGCAGGUUCACACUGGACACAAACCUUUCAAAUGUGAACUGUGCGCCAAAUGUUUUUCCGAGGCUUCCAAGCUGAAGCGACAUAUGUUGACUCACUCUGGGGUGAAGCCGUACAAAUGCGAAGAGUGUGUCAAGUACUUCUCCCAGAGUUCCACGCUCAAACGACACUCGAUGAUGCAUGCUGGAGUUAAAGAGUUCCAGUGUGACGUGUGCGCCAAAUGUUUCUCGGAAGGGUCCAAGUUAAAGAGACACAUGCAGGUGCACUCUCGCGAAAAACCGUACAUCUGUGGAAUGUGUGGAAAGAGUUAUAAAGUCAAAGUCAGCUUGAAGGUCCACAUGUCCUUUCACACUAACGACAUGGAUGGGUAGGUUCCAAGUUAAAAAGACACAUGCAGGUGCACUCUCGCGAAAAACCGUACAUCUGUGGACUUUGUGGAAAGAGUUAUAAAGUCAAAGUCAGCUUGAAGGUCCACAUGUCCUUUCACACUAACGACAUGGAUGGGUAGAACAGAGGAAGGUCCACUUGAUCUUCCAUACUAACGCCAGUGAUGGGUAGAACAGUGGAAGGUCCACGUGUUGUUUCAUACUAACACCAGUGAUGGGCACAACAGAGGAAGGUCCACCUGUCCUUCCAUACUAACGCCUGUGAUGGGUAGAACAGUGGAAGGUCCACGUGUCGUUUCAUACUAACGCCAGUGAUGGGUACAACAGAGGAAGGUCCACCUGUCCUUCCAUACUAACGACAGUGAUGGGUACAACAGAGGAAGGUCCACCUGUCCUUCCAUACUAACGACUGUGAUGGAUACAACAUUGGAAGGUCCACGUGUCAUUUCGUACUGACGGCAGUGAUGUGAGAAAGAGUGGAAGGUCCACGUGUCCUUCCAUACUAACGGCAGUGAUGUGUAAAACAUGAAUUGGGGGUUAUAGGUGUACGGGCUGCUAUUUGUAUUGGGGCAAAGGCUAAUUUUUGCCCAAAUUAAAAAAACAAAUCCACGACCAUUGUGUAAUAAACGACCCAUUUUGUAAUAAAAUACCCCAAACCCAUUCUGUAAUAAAACUAGGUGCCCAUUUUUAAUAAUUUUGGGCUCAUUUUGUAAUUUAAAAAAAUAAGUUCCCAUUUUGUAAAAAUAUUCUGUAAUAAAUUUUUAAAACGUUAGAAUAUGUCAAGAGGUGAACUAUUUUCUCGUUCCAUCCACUGCUGGUAAAACUAGGUGCGUACUCUUUGUCAGUGUCAAAGAUGUUUUGCGUAUUAAAACGAAUAGCGUA